AUGGAAAAGACAGCGGUGUCGUUGCGUGACGACCCCUCUCGCAGUGGCUCGUUCACGGACGAGAAGGCUAACGCGUCGGACGCGGAGCUCAUCCAUGGGACGUACAAGAGUCUCGACGUCGGGCUGCGACUCGUCUCUGGGCACACCGAUGAACCAGAGGUGUCACCGGCGGAAUCGAAACGCCUCCGACGGAAGAUCGAUUGGCGGCUGUUGCCCAUGCUUUGUAUCAUUUACACCGUUCAGUUUGUGGACAAGAGUACACUUGCUUCGACAUCCAUCCUUGGGCUCCUUACAGACAACGAUCUUAGUACCGACGAAUUCAAUACUCUAAGUUCUGCUUUCUACAUUGGCUACUUGGUAUUCUCAUGGCCACAAAACUGGGCGCUACAAAAACUACCCGUUGGCCGGUGGCUGACAUUCAACAUCUUCCUCUGGAGUCUAUUCUUAGGCCUUCAUGCAGUUUGCCACAACUUCGGUGGACUAUUUGCGCUCCGUUUCCUCCUUGGUGCCUCCGAAGGUAGCAUGACAGCCGGACUCAUGCUCGUCUGCGGGAUGUUCUACACCCGUCGCGAAAUCGGCGAACGGAUAGGCUGGAUAUUCCAAUGCAACGGCUUCGCCGUCAUUGUCUCUUCCUUCCUCCAAUUCGCAAUGGUUCACACCUCACCACACCAAAAACCAAAUCAAUGGCAAUGGCUUAUGAUAACGACCGCUCUCAUGACUUUCGUCCCCUUCCUGGCAUUCCUAUUGUUCUUCCCGGACAACCCGACAACUGCACGGUUUUUAACUGCAGAGGAGAAAUUGGCUGCUGUACGACGUGUACAGGCCAAUCAGAAUGGUAUUGAGACGAAGGCGUGGAAGAGUUAUCAGAUGUGGGAGGCAUUGAAGGAUCCAAAGACAUGGUUGUUUGGCUUCUUUGCUGCAUUUGCGAACUUGAUCGGAGGGAUUGGCGUACAGUAUAGUUUGCUGAUCAAGAGCUUUGGGUUCUCGACCCUUGAAACAAGUUUAUUGAGCAUACCGAAUGGUGUUGCGCAGAUUAUUGGGAUUACAGCGGCUUGCUUCGCUUUGAGGAUGUUCCCUAAUUCUCGUUGUUGGAUUGGCAUUAUUGGGUGGAUCCCAUCGAUCGUUUCAUGCCUCAUAGAGAUCACUGCCCCGACAACCAAUAGAGUCGCUCGCCUCGUUGGUGUCUACCUCAUGUUCCUAGGUAGCUCUCCAGCGUACGUAAUGGCGAUGUCUUGGGUGACAUCGGCUGUCUCAGGGCAUACAAAGAAAACGGUUGUCCGAGCAGUCUUCCUCGUUGGAGGCUCCCUCGGCCAAAUCCUCUGCACACAAUUCUGGAAAGAUAGGUUCAAACCGUCCUACCACGUCCCCUUCGGGAUAAUCCUCAUGUCACACCUCAUGUCCAUCAUCCUCGCCCUCGCUUUGCGCUUCACACUCGUACGCGAGAACAACCGGCGCGAGGCACUGAAGCGAGAGAGUGAAAGGACGGGUGUAGGGAGGGAGAGGUUCGAAGAGUGGGCGAUUGUGGAGGUGGAGAAGGAUGGGAAGGUUAUUAAGGAGAGAGUGGAUAAGAAUUACUUGGACUUGACGGAUGGAGAGAACUUGGCGUUCCGGUAUGUGCUUUGA